UUUGUUGCUUAUUCAUUUAGCUUGUUAAGAUCUCUGAAUACCUUCUGAAGAAAGGAGGUGGCUUAGGGUUUUAGGCAGUUCACAGUACCUCACUGGAUAUCCUUCUACCCUCUGUCAGAUUAACUGGAUUCACAUUUGGACAAUAUGUGUUUUUCUCAGUGAGUUUUAACAUUUUUGUUUUAAGUCCAAAUACACCAACUUGUCUUAGGAGGUACUUUGAAUUUUUUAAAAAAGAAACUCCUUUUCUGGCAAGAAGGCUAUAAACCUGCUAUUUCAUGUUUACUAUAACCAAAAUAAAUUAGUGAAAAAAAUAGAUCUAUUAAUUAUUGAGAUGUUUGAAUUGGUUAUAUGAUCUAGGAGGGUUUUGACGCUAUGUAAUACGUGCAUUCCUGUAUUUGUGAGUUUUAUAUUUCAGACCAUCCAGUGUUCUCAGGAUGCAGCUUUUUGCAUUAUUAGCUAGGAUCUUUGCAACACACUCUGCUCAUUUACAGUCUGCUGGAUACUUCACUGGCAGUAGAUGCAUCCUAGCAGUAGCCUGCGUUUUAUUAUUAAAAUCUGUCAUUCCACUCCUUUCACAGAACAGAAGAUGUUUUAUUAUGGUGUUUCAAAUACAUGUUUGAGCUAUCCCAUAACCAGAUAAAUAAGUCCUUUACAACAAAUUAAGCUUGCAGCGUGCUGUAAGCCAUAUGUUUACUUCAUUUGCAAUUGUGCUGCAGGCAAGCACUUUCCUCAUGGUUCGUUCCAGUUGUGGACUUUGUUAUGGGCUGGAAUGUUAUGGCUACUUUUAGAGUGUUUCCUGAGCUGAUUCAUUUUUUCCGUUCAUCUCUUUGUAAAUAGAGGUAAGUUUAAAAGCCUUGGAAAACUAUUUAAAAUUACUCUUGAGAGUCGGGGUUAUACAAAAGGCUGGAGCAGUAACGGGGAGUGAUGACAGGUUACAUAAAUUUCACAUUAGACAACAGGUAUGAUAAGAAAUUGCAUUUCUCAGUGUCUGGUGUCUCCAGAUGCCAUGUGACACUGAACUACCAAGUUGCUGGUCUUGACUUCUGACUCCAUUUUUGUAGAGAUCUUUCAUUUAAAAGCUGCUUAUAAAUGAUAUGUAAGCAUAAGAAGUUUUAAUUCGCAUACACAUUAACACCCAGUGAAAAGAAAAUGGUCUUUUAAGAUAAAUGCUAUCACAUGUCAAGACAAUGUCAGUCAGUAGCUGCAUACUGACUGACAGUUUUAAUUUGAUAUGGUUUUAAAUUUUAGAAUUAAAAAAUGAAUUGUAUUUUCUAUAGUUAACUGGGAGUUUGUAUUCUCUAAAAUAUUUCUAAAAGGAAAAGCCAGUGUCACAACCUUAAGAACUUGUUAGGGGUAACCACAUUUAGACACCACCCGGCUUGACCGGGGGCUGUAUCAGCAAGUUGCAUAGUAAAGGUACAGGGAAAGGUAAGUCAGAUAUGGGAGUUAAAUAGGUUUCAAAGCAGAUUUAAACAGCAAAGUAGCAUGACCAACGUUUAAUAAAUAUUUUGCAUUAUUCUAAACUAAAGGCCUGUUUUAUAUUGUCUUAUUUGUGUUUAUUGAAGGCCUGCAUUAUGUUUAUGGUUCCUAAGAUAGAAAAGCCUCUGGAAGGAGAUUAAAGCUCAAGUCCAGAUCAGGAAAGUGAAGAACUACUGUGGAAAACAGGCUGCAUAAGUGAAUGUGUUUUGGGUAAGUAGACUGUGGUAGAAAGGGAAAAGCGGGGGAUGGAAGGUGGGUGAUCAUGGAGUAACUCAGCCUGUGAGUGCAGGUAUAGUUGGCCAGCAGACCAAUGACAAGAAUGUUUUCAGCAUUAGCUGUAUCUUCAGCACAGCAACCUUGCAGUAAUUUGAAUAUGGUAUCAACUAAAUGUAAUAGGUUUCUCACUGUUUUGACAGUUGCUGGUUGAUUAUUUUCCUGUUGGCCAGGAACUUAGUGGGUGUUAAAAAAGCAUGCUUGUAUACAGGAACUUGGAAAAUAUAAAAGAUCCUUCAUAAAAGUGUGCAAAUGUAUAUGUUACCAGGUGAAACUAAAGAUAAUUAGUAUCCAGCAUCUGCCAGCAUGUUCUAACCAGAACAGUGGAUUCCUUCAGGGAAAUUAAUGUAUUCUUUUGUGAAAGCCUCUGACCUUGACUGUGGGAAGAGGGGUUAAACUGCACAGACUCACUGUUUUCCACAGCAAAACUUGUGCUCAAAGGAGCAUUUCAUAAUAACUAAUAUGCCUGGGCUGGCUUAAAUAUUUCCAUGCCUACAGUUAUAACUUUGACCCUCUAGGUGGCAAUACACCUUCACAGCAAGUUAUCACGAAUCUGGAAAAUGUUUUGGUAUGCUUCUAUUCCAGACUGCUACUGAAAAUUCAAGCAGUGACAUCAUGAAUGCUAAUCAUUUCCUUACUUGAUACAUAAAUAAGGGCAGAUCAACUCACAAGUCCCUGAUCAUAAGGUGACACGAAAUUUUCAGCAUAACUAGAGUAAAAACGUUGUGUCAAGCAGUUUUGAUUCAUCUCUUAAUUCUCUCCAAAUUUCCUCAUCUGCCAAAAAACCAAAAAGCAGCCAACCAAACCCAAUUAUCAAUUUAAUACAUGGGAUUUUGUUGUCACUGCCUUGUAUUGCUGUUUCCUUUUACUGGGGAUCAAGCUUUAUCAGAUUGUGUGUUGGAUGAAAACCUCAGUUGGUGUCUGAAGGCUACUUGAAGUGUCUAAUAUGAGGAAGAGAAAGGACAUGAAAAGCAAGAGAUGUGAUGCACUGUUCCUAAUGAGCAUCCAAGAACUGAACUGUUUGCACUGCUGUUGAGGUGACAGUUUAGACACUACAAAUAAAGAACUAAGAGAAAAAGAAGCUUAAAAGAUGAACAAGCAAGAUAGCACUGGUCUUAAGCCCCCAAAAUCUUGGAUUGAAGAAGCCUUCAGUAAAAGAGAAUGUGCCCACAUUAUUCCCAGCUCAAAAGAACCACACAGAUGUCCUGCAGGAUGCCAGGUGUGCCAGAAUUUAAUCAGGUGCUGCUGUGGACGGCUGAUUGGAGAGCACCCAGGAAUAGAAUGCAGCUGGCCUGUUUGUCAGGCUGGCUUACAGAGCGAUGGUGGAGAAUGGUCAGUGCAAAACCACACAAAGAUGAGUCCAACAGAUGCAUUUGGUACAAUCAAUUUUCAAGAUGGCGACCACACGUACCAUGCCAAGUAUAUUAGACUUUCUUAUGACAGCAGUUUGGAUCAGCUGCUGCACCUGAUGGUUAAAGAAUGGCAGAUGGAAUUGCCAAAGCUAGUGAUCUCGGUUCAUGGAGGCAUUCAAAAUUUCAAGCUUCCCUCAAAGGUCAAAAAGGUUUUCAGCAAAGGGCUGGUGAAGGCAGCUGAGUCUACAGGAGCAUGGAUCAUUACAGAAGGCAUUAACAGCGGAGUGUCCAGGCAUGUGGGGGAUGCACUCAAAGGCCGCGCCUCACCACACCUGAGAAAGAUCUGUGCUAUUGGGAUUCCUCCAUGGGGUAUCAUUGAGAAUCAGAGGGAUCUCAUUGGAAAAGAUGUAGUUUGCCUGUACCAGACUCUUGGUAACCCACUCAGCAAGCUGAGUACGCUCAACAGCAUGCAUUCUCAUUUUCUAAUGGUAGAUGAUGGGACAGUAGGCAAGUAUGGGAAUGAAAUGAUGCUCAGGAGGAAUUUGGAGAAGUACAUAUCACUUCAAAAAAUACACACAAGAAUGGGCCAAGGUGUUCCCACAGUUGGGCUGGUGCUGGAAGGAGGCCCCAGUGUGAUCCUGAUGGUGCGGGAGUACGUGAGGGCCAGCCCAGCAGUGCCAGUGGUGGUCUACGAGGGCACUGGCAGAGCUGCAGAUAUCCUGGCAUUUGCCCACAAGCACACGGGUGACACGGAGGAUCUGUGCCCUCAGGUGAAGGAGGAGAUCUUAAUGAUGAUUCAGAACAUAUUUAGGUUGGAACAGAAACAGUCCAGUCGUCUAUUUCAUGUUUUGAUGGAAUGCAUGAAACACAGAGAGUCUAUUACCAUAUUUGAUGCUGAGUCAGAAGACGAGCAGGACAUUGAUUUGGCAAUUCUGACGGCACUCUUGAAAGGUACGAAUAUAUCGGCUUCAGAUCAGCUAGAUUUGGCAUUGGCCUGGAACCAGCUAGAUAUUGCCAAGAAACACAUACUUGUUUAUGGACAACACUGGAAGGUUGGUGCCUUGGAACAGGCAAUGCUGGAUGCUUUAGUCAUGGAUCGUGUGGAUUUUGUCAAACUGUUAAUAGAACAUGGAGUGAACAUGCACCGUUUUCUUACCAUAUCUCGUUUGGAAGAACUCUACAAUACAAAACAAGGACCAUCAAAUCUGCUUUUACAUCAUCUAGUUCGAGAUGUGAAACAGAAUAGCCUUUCUUUGGAUUACAAGAUAUCACUGAUUGACAUUGGACUAGUGAUAGAGUACCUCCUUGGUGAAGCUUAUCGGAGCAGCUACACAAGGAAGCAUUUCCGAAUUCUCUACAAUGAUCUCUACAGAAAACACAAGAGAGUGGUCUCCAGCUUGCCUCGAAGCCUGUCUCAUCCCUUUCAUCAGAGUAAUCAGACGGAUAGUGGAAUGGGAUCCACUGAAAGUACUUUGCAUUCUCAGUUCUUCAGAGCUGCACAGCCUUACAAAUACAAGGAAAGAUCCAGCCCUUUCCCAAAGUAUAAGAAGAAAUCAAAAGAGGAUAUAAACUGUGCAGAGAAUUAUGAGUCAACUGGCUUCAUCUAUCCCUAUAAUGACCUCCUGGUUUGGGCAGUAUUGAUGAAAAGACAGAAGAUGGCUAUGUUCUUCUGGCAGCAUGGAGAGGAAGCCAUGGUCAAAGCUGUUGUUGCUUGUAAACUGUACAGAGCAAUGGCACAUGAAGCUAAACAGAGCAACAUGGUGGAUGACACUUCAGAAGAACUCAAGAAGUAUUCAAAGGAAUUUGGGCAGCUUGCCUUAGAUGUGCUGGACAAAGCAUUCAAACAAAAUGAGCAGAUGGCCAUGAAGUUGCUGACCUAUGAACUGAAAAACUGGAGCAACUCAACUUGCUUGAAGCUGGCUGUGUCUGUGGGGCUGCGGCCUUUUGUGUCCCACACGUGCACACAGAUGCUGCUGACCGACAUGUGGAUGGGACGCCUGAAGAUGCGGAAGAACUCCUGGUUUAAGGUCAUUAUGAGUAUUCUCCUGCCUCCCACCAUCCUGAUGCUGGAGUUCAAAAGCAAAGCAGAGAUGUCUCAUGUGCCUCAGUCUCAAGACUUCCACCAGUUAUGGUAUCAUGGAGAACAGAGCCCAGUCAGCUCUAAAGAUACUUUGAAGGGUUAUGAUGUAGAAAAGGCUGUUCAGAAGUCUGAUGAAAGCCAAGGAGAUGGUGGACAAGGAAACCUGCCUGGAACUAGAAAAAUCUAUGAGUUCUACAAUGCACCAAUUGUCAAGUUCUGGUUUCAUACGAUGUCAUACUUGGCAUUCCUCAUGCUCUUUACUUACACUGUGUUGGUGAAGAUGGAACCAAGACCAAGUGUGCAAGAAUGGCUUGUUAUCAUUUAUAUUUUCACUACUGCUAUUGAAAAAGUCAGGGAGGUAUUUAUCUCAGAACCUGGAAAAUUCUGCCAAAAGGUGAAGGUGUGGAUUUAUGAAUACUGGAAUUUUACUGAUUCUGUAGCUAUCAUCCUGUUUAUGAUUGGUUUUGGUUUGCGGUGGUCCAACCCCCCUGUUCAAACUGCAGGGAGGUUGCUUUACUGCUUGGAUAUCAUAUUUUGGUAUACUCGGCUUCUUGACCUUUUUGCUGUGAAUCAGCAUGCUGGCCCAUACCUGACAAUGAUUGGGAAAAUGACAGGAAACAUGUUCUAUAUUGUAAUCAUGAUGGCCAUAGUCCUGCUGAGUUUUGGGGUGUCACGAAAGGCGAUUCUUUCACCAGAGGAGCCCCCUUCUUGGACACUGGCACGAGAUAUUGUAUUUCAGCCCUACUGGAUGAUGUUUGGUGAGGUCUAUGCUGGAGAAAUAGAUGUUUGUGAAGCCAAUGAAGACUGUCCUCCCGGCUCCUUUCUCACACCAUUUCUGCAAGCUGUCUACCUCUUUGUGCAGUAUAUCAUCAUGGUCAACUUGCUCAUUGCAUUCUUUAAUAAUGUUUAUUUUGAUUUGAAAUCCAUCUCGAACAAGCUCUGGAAGUACAACCGUUAUCGCUACAUCAUGACCUACCAUGAGAAACCAUGGCUGCCUCCACCAUUCAUCCUCCUGAGUCACAUUGGCCUUCUGAUAAAGUGCAUCUUCUACCACCAGCCCCCAAAUGAGUUGGACCAAGAGGAAGGCGAUGUUGGACUAAAGCUCUACCUGAGUGAUGAGGAGUUAAAGAAACUCCAUGACUUUGAGGAACAGUGUGUAGAAGAAUAUUUUCUUGAAAAGAAUGAAAACCUGAGUUCCAGUAGCAGUGAAAGGAUCCGUUUGACCACAGAAAGAGUGGAAGAGAUGUUUCAACAACUUAAAGAAGUUCAUGAGAAGGUAUUUUAUAUCAAGGAGUCUUUACUCUCCCUAGACAGCCAGCUAGGACAUUUGCAAGACCUGUCUGCCCUGACAGUGGACAUCCUGAAAGUGCUUUCAGCUGUAGACACCUUGAAGGUGGAAGAAGCCUUACUGGCUGACACAAAACAUCAAAGUUGCAGGAAGCUGCCCCAUAGCUGGAGCAAUGCAUUCUAUUCCAAGACUUUGAGCAGCCUGGAGGGCUUGUAUGACAAGAAAUACCACUAUUACAGCAUGCCACCCUCCCUCUUACGGAGCUUGGUAAGGACUCAAUCUCCAUCAGAGUGCAAACUCUUGAAGUCUGAGAGUAACAAGGUGGUAGAAGACAGCUCUCAAAAGGUAGAAAUAGAAACAGACACAAUCACUUCAGGAGUAUCCUCUGAGACUAAGUCGACUCCUAGGUAUGGGCAGUUUUUGCUGGUGCCUCCUGACCAUCAGGGAGGGUCUUUUUGCGAUGAUGUCACCUUAAAUUUCUCCUUUUUGAACACUGCUGCCAAGUACAAGGAUGAAGCAUUCAGAGAUGACCUGCAAAGUAGCAUUGUAGUUCCUCAAAACUUGCCGGGUAUCAGCUUCCUUGGUAAAGAGACAGAAGGUUACCAAUGGAGCCAGAGAGACUAUGUUAUUCAUUUGCCAUCAGAAAAGAUUAAUGCUGCAGAAGCUGCUCAUACCCUUGAUCUCCAGCCACCACUGGAUAUUAAAGAAAGUGCAGAAUCCCCUUGUGAUGACAAGGAAGAAACUGAAGGUGGUUAUGUGAACUGGGGAUUCUCUGAAGGUGAUGAAAAAGGAGUUUUCAUCUCAGAUUCAAAGAAGAAAGCCUUGUACCUCCAUUCCUCAUAUGACAGGGCUAACAAUUGCCAGAAUAAUCCCACCAGGAAUGUCCACUUAAGGGAUUCGAAGUCCUUCUCCUACAACUCUGUCAAGUCAUGUCACAGCAGCAGCCUCUCUCAGAACAGGCUGAAACGAAGCAUCUCCUUCUGGAUCAGCCCUCUCUGGAGGGACUGGAGUUUCUGCAGAAGCAACAGCUUACCAUCCCCUAAGAAAGAGAGAUCAGGGAAAGUCUGCAAUGCUGUAGGCGAAUCUUUAGGAUCCUGUGAGCUACACCAGAGUGAGGCAACUAAGGCAAAACAGCAAAACAGAGACAGAAAGUCUGGGAGAGGAAAGAGGAAUCCAAAACCUCUUCAGGUGCCGGUGAUUAGAGUGGAUGGUUGUCCUCAGAACACUCAAGUGAACUCAGAGCCUGCAGAAAUCAAUGUCUGGGAUGAGCAAGAGAAACACAGCAAGAAUUGGCUCACCGUGUCUAAUUUCAGUCAGCUAAGUUUGGAACGUCUCCAUUACAAGCACCAGAAAAUUAAAAAUCCAGACUUUGGUAGGCAUACCAUACCAUUCUGUGAUUACCUGAGGCAUUCUAGAGAGGAAUUCAGUAAUAGUGUAUUUGGAAACACCAAGAAAAGUAAUCUGAACAGGAACUCCUCAUUGAGAGCUCCAGAGGAAACUGACAAGAUCUUCUCCUGCUUGAAAACAUCUCAAGAUUUGCAUCUUCACUACUCAGCUGUUGAAAGAAACAACUUAAUGAGACUUGCUCAGACCAUACCAUUUACACCAGUCCAGCUCUUUGCUGGAGAGGAAGUGACAGUCUAUCAGCUGGAAGAGAGUUCGCCUAUGAAUCUUGAUAAAAGCAUGUCUUCCUGGUCCCAGUGUGGCACAACUGCAAUGAUCCAAGUCCUGUCACGGGAGGAGAUGGAUGGGGGUCUGCGGAGGGCCAUGAAGGUCAUUUGUACUUGGUCUGAGAGUGAUGUAUUAAAGUUGGGACAAGUAUUUAUUGUGAAGUCUUUCCUGCCAGAGGUGGUUCAAGCUUGGCAAAAGAUCUUUCACCAUGGCACAGUAUUACAUCUCUGUCUGAGGGAGAUUCAACAGCAAAGGGUUGCCCAGAAGUUAAUCUAUACCUUCAACCAAGUGAAGCCUCAUACUAUUCCCUAUACUCCAAGGUUCCUGGAAGUUUUCCUCAUCUACUGCCAUUCAGCAAAGCAGUGGCUGACCAUCGAGAAGUACAUGACUGGUGAAUUUCGGAAAUACAACAACAACAAUGGAGAUGAGAUUACUCCCAUCAGCUUGCUGGAAGAGCUGAUGCUGGCCUUCUCUCACUGGACCUACGUCUACACCCGUGGGGAGCUCCUGGUCCUGGAUAUGCAAGGUGUUGGGGAAAACCUUACAGAUCCAUCUGUGAUUAAACCUGAAGAUAAAAAGUCUGGGAAGAUGGUAUUUGGACCAGCAAACCUAGGAGAAGAUGCAAUAAGAAACUUCAUUGCAAAGCAUCGUUGUAAUUCCUGCUGCAGAAAGUUGAAACUUCCCGAUUUGAGAAGAAGUAACUACACAUUGGAAACUGCUGGUCCAGCCUUUGGAACAGAAGUGGAAACAAGCACUGAAGAAGCUGAUGAUACAGAUGAGACUUCUGAGUGUGAUGCACAGCUGUGAAGCAGAGAGCCCAUGUGUUUGCAUAUUCCAAAAUUUGUCAUUUAUCACUGCCAAGGGUUUGUCCAAAAUCACAAAAUACAGGUGACUGAGUGCAGCAUCUGUCUGCCCUAGCUAGACCCUAUAGACAAGGAAUGAAAAAAAUUAGCUUUAUUUACUCCUUUAUUUACUUGCAUGCUCUUGUGCUGGCCUUUCUUGUACAGAUUAACGAAUCACCAGGAGCAGGUCAUCCCUUACCUGGAUGAACUCUCCCAUCAAUGCCAUUUUUGAUAAUGUAGGUCAUGGUUACAAGUUAUACUUUCUUAGGAAGAUGAUUGUGACAAGUUCAUUUCCAAGUGGUAGUAAUUUCUGUUUCUCUUUCUGCUCUUUAGUAAAUAAAUGAAUGCAUACAUGUGCAAAUAAUUAAUUUUCAGUCACAGCCCACUCAGGCCCAUGCUCACUUUUCUUGAGCGUAAAAGGCUCUUCAGGAAAUUGCAGAAAUACUACUUUCUCUUUAUUAUUGAUUUUGAUGCAGAGAUAAACCAGGAAUAAAUAAACCAAGUAAUGAAGUUUUGGUUUAAGCAGUAGAAGUGUUGGUUUAAACAUGACAGACUGAAAAAUUUUGUAGGAACUUCAAUUCUUUUCACAUACCAAGUGUUAUGGUUUGAGGCUGGCACAAUGCCAGUGUCCUUAUGAAAAUAUACUUUUUUUAGUGGCUGCUGUGACAUGUGAUCAGGAACAAAGCAAAGCAGGCUCCGAUUUAGGAGUAAAGGAAAACAACUUUAUUAACUACAAUAUCUAAAAAGGAACAGAUACAGAACUAAGAAUGAAAACUCUCCAAGUACAUUCUUUGUUCUCUCCUCAUUUCACCUACAGCAUGAAAUAACACCAUAGAUUUACACCCAGUCACCAUCUCUUAGAUAAUCAACUUUCAGUUUACCACUACCUUUCAAAUAUUUAACUCUUAAGUUUUUUAGGGAGAGAUGAGUCCCUCCUCGCACCACAGGCUUCCCCCAGAAACACAGUUGAAACCUCUUGUGUUUCCAUGUCACUCGUGGCACUGCCCGGAGAACAUUGGCCCUCGUGAGUUCUUCCCUCCAUGUCCAGUGCUCUCACCACUGCACAUGGACCAGAACUGCUUUUAGGGUUCCCCUUUUGAGGAUGCCCCACCCAGUUCCAAAAGCAGCAGUCUCUCAGCUUUGGGACACCAGUCCCCAACAAAUUUACUCCCUGGGGCCGAGGGGCCUCGUGAUCAGAGAUCUUCCUCUUCCUGAAGACAGAGGGAAUUCCACACCCUCCUCAGUCAUCUCUGUUCUCGCCACUGCUUCACUGCACUCUCUUUGGCUUCAAGGCGUCGCCUCCCCCUAAAUGCAGUCUCUGUGGCACAGGAAAAACAUGGGUCUGUCCAUGGCCAUACAAGAGAGAGUGGCCCAAGGCCACUCCAUCAUCUCCUCCCACCUUCUCACCUCUUCUGACAUUUCCAACGUGCACCAAUUUCCAUCGCACUUGCUCAUUUCCUCCUGCUUCACCUCUCUCUCCUCAUUCUGAUUCAGGAGGAUCAGUAUUUGCAAGGUUUCCAUUACUCUAGAAAGGGGUUAAAAUCUUCGCCUCUGUCUGCCCAGAACUCCUAUGGAGGGUGCCGCAUCCCCCACUUCUCCUUCUGGCCGGCGGUGCUGCCAGUCCAUGAUACAGAAUUUCAAGGCAGCACAGGCAGUGGUUCUCUCUCUAUCUCCCGGGGGGUUGGGGCCUGAUGCUUCUCAGGGCUCCUCCACCCUUCCAUCCUGCAAGGCCUUCAGCCCCUCCUCUGCCCGAGGCUCCGGCCUCCCUCACCCGGCCGCACGGCUUCCCUCUCCCAGCCAGCCCCAGCUGGGCAGGGGAGCUCUGAGCUCCUUCACGGACCGGGACCGAGAGAGAGUUCUCCUGGGAGUUCUUGCUUUUAACCCCCUGUGUUCUCAGAGGCAGUCCAUACCUUCAGUGGCCAAACCAGGUGCCAAUAUUCAAAGCCAAGCACCGAUUGAGCACAACCUCCCAAAAAACUCACUUCCUUCUUAACCUACGACACCAAGAAAACGUUGCACAAUAAAGUGGCAGAUUAUUGGACCCACAAGCACUGAUUUUUCUUAUUUUGAGUUGAAGAAGUUGACUAUUCUGUGGUAUUUAAUACAAACAUCUUGAAUAUUAUUUGACUUUUAGGACUUGCUUGUCUUUAUGAUAUUUUAGCUUCUGAAUGUUUUAAAGUUGCAAUUGGAUGAAAGAUUGUAGAAGUCACAAAGGAUAGUAUGCUCCAUUUGGUAUUUAACUGGUUGUCAAUAUCAGACUGAAUGUAGGACUGCUGUCUAACAGUGGUAAAAUUAUAUUAGGCAGCAUCCACGUUUGUUUCUGUUGAUGUCCUCUGAUUACAGUUGAAGUUCAGAAAACAGAAAAAUCAAUCUGUGCAAUAUGAUUUUUGUAAAGACUGAAAAGAAAUUUUCAGCAGAAGUAUUUCUAAUAACUGGUGCUCCAACUUUGUACUUUGGUGUUGAGUAGAAAAAACUAAUGUUCAAACGUCAGUCAUUAGAAAACCUUAUACUUGAAUAAAAAAGAAAAAAUAAUCAUACUUCCACUACAGCUGACAGUAAAUUUUAAGGUGUAAGGGGGCUUUUUAUUGUGAUCUGUGAUUUAUUUGCUAUAUUUCACAAGUGUUGAUAUAUACAUAGGAUUUGGACGUUAUGUGUCCCCAGUUUUUGUAUUGAUUACUAUAUUGAUAUUGAAGUUAUCAGUAUUGUAAACAGUCAUUGCGGUAAUCAUCUACACAAUGUUUAGCUCAGAUGCUUUCAGUUUCUGGGAAAACUUAGAAGAGGUUCCUAUUGGUUUUUUCUUUUUUAACAUAAUUUUAUAAAACCACCCCAUAUUUUUCUCCAUCAGAUUAUACUUCUCAUUUUGCAAAAUAUAUAGUUUCCUUUGGCUCUUCUUUUUGGAAGCAAGCCGAUAUAUCAGAAAACUGUGGAAGAGGUAGUUUGGUUGCAUCUCUGCAGACUAAGGGUGAAUUUUUGUCCAUAUGCCUGUAAAGUAGUAAUUCUGUUUCCUGUUGUUGUCAUUUUAAAAUCUGACUUUAGGGAUAUAUGUGCUUACAUGAAUACACAUAUACUUUAAAGAAAGAUCUUUCUCUCAAGAAUUUCUAACUAUUUGUCCGCCUUUGAAUUCAAUUAAGUUAAAUGACACAUACAUAUGUCUUGAAAGUCAAAGACAAUGUAACUCCUGCCUGAUAGUGUUGUUUUCUCAAAAUGUUGCCAUAAAUUUAGAACACAUAUAUAUUAUGCACCUAAAAUAAAUUCUAGGCCAGGCUGGGCCUAAGCACUUUAUAUUUCUUACAAGUUUUGAAGGUAUGCACAAAUCAUUCUUCAGAUGACCUUUUCUUGGUAAUGCUCCUAUUGCCUGCAAGAGUGGGUGGCUCCUGCAUUCAUAGCAACAUUUGUGAGAAUUCUUAUGAUAUAGAGCUAGCUCAGUGUAGAUUAAUCUUAUUCCUUCUUGUCAGUAUCUGUCAAGGUAAAUACUACAUUGCAGUAUGAUAUUGGGGAUCCUUGCAAGAUACUAAUCUGUGUUAAAAUGUAGUUUAUUUAAUUUUAUAGCUAUUUAAUUUUGUUCAGUGUGAAAUAUUAAGUGGGCGAAACAAGAAAAAGAGGCAUUUCAAAUUGUUCCACUGUAUAUUUUUAUCCUUGCACUAAUUUUUCCAAACGUGGAGACACUAAGUUGAAGUCCAGUAAUUCUGCUGGCUGAUAAAUGAUGCCUCACCUUUCUUUUUGCAUCUUUUGGGAGUGCUGGUUCAUAUUUCACUAAACUGUAAAUUUAAGUAUAUGAUUGAAGAACUUCCUCCCCUCCCUUUUAUAGUUUAGUAAUAAAUUAUCUUUACAAUUUAAAAAAAUUAUUUCUUUUGAGAUCUUUCUUAUUACAAAUUCUGUACAUUCUUUAAAUUGUCUUUUGAUUUCUAAAUACUGACAUUGGAUUGAAACACAUGCCUACUGAAGACAUUAAAAAAAAACCCCAACAGCUUUUUAAGGGGAUGGCAGUAAGCCCCAUUCACACUAAAAUUUGGGUUCAUGUGAAAUGAAAGAUGUGGAAGUCAGGUUCUUUCUCCAGCUGCUUGACAGCUAGAGUGGAAGAGGAAAUCAUGUGUGUCAAACCAAACCACAGGAGUUUUUGAUUAUUAGCAUCAAUAUUUGUUUAUGCUGAAAAGAACGUACAGGGAUUUCUUUUAUAAUUCUGGUGGGUUCAGGAAAAAAAAAGCCCUGUUUACUUUGUUCAAAUAAGUCAAGCAGUAAAGUUUUGAAAGGACAAAACAAAAAAUCCACCAGAGUAUUUAUAAACUCACUUUUUAAUAUGAGCUUAAAAGAAGCUUACUUAGCAAUACAGUUGGGAUUAUCCACAGCAAAAUGAUUUUUUGGCAUCUGCUGCAUUGGAGAUGUAGCUUGAACAUAUGAAAAAUAUCCAGAAAUUGAAAAUCUCAUACUCAGGAAGGUUUUUUUUUUACUUUUAUUCAUAAUUGUGGUGUAUUUGGGGUUAUUAAUUUGUUAGUGCAAUAAAAUUAAAAAGGGAUAUUACACAUGUAUUCUCUAGAAAUGUAUUUGUUCUAGUUUUGUCACUCUAUUUCAUAUUAUUUCUAAAGAAUAAAAGAACACUUUCACAAUGUUUCUGUUCUUGAUAGGUGUAAAAUGAAACAACAUUUUUGAUCACUAAGGGGAACUGGUGAAAGUAACAUACAGAGAAUAAUGCAGUUAUUUUUAUCUUUAAUCUCAAAGUAAUAAACAUGUAUUCUAUAUUUA